AUGCUAUUUAUGUAAUAUUAUAAUUCUAUUGCAUCUGAUUUGGUAAUAUAAAAAGAAAUUCAUAAAACCACAGUAUUACCAUUAAUAUAAGAGGACUAGAUUCACAAUAUUGAUGAUUUAGAAAUCACCUUAAAAAUUGAAUGUGGUUAAUACUUAAUUGGAUUGGAAAACAAUUAUCUAAAUAAAUGUGAUCAAUAUGAUUUGAUGGUUGAAAUCAAAUUGAAGAAUGGUUUCUGGAAGUGCUACAAGCAACCAGAGAUAAGAUUGAAUUAAAGUUUAUUUAUAUUUUUAAUAAUGAAAAACAAAUGUAUUCAAACAGAUAUCAGUUAUUUUAGAUGCAAAACUGAUUAAACGUAAACAAUUGAUCAUGAUUUCGAAUAAGCAUCACUAUAGUAGAGCUAUCCUAGAAUGAUUUCGAUUAAAGAAUAAUUUUUGCAAUUGCAAGACAUUUACCCUUAUGAUAUUCAUUUGAAUUAUGAAAAAGAGGAUUCAAUAUAAUUUCAAUUACAAUUAAAGAGCUUUUUGGAUGAGCAAUCUACAUCUUAAAUUGUGCUUUUGAUCAAAGGUCCUGCAUUUUCAAUUGAUGUAUUAUUUAAUUCAACAUUUUUGCAAGAUGAGAAAUAAGAAAUACUAAAUUUGGUUUCUGAGUGCUCAAAUUAGAAUCUAUUGGAAACAAUAAUCUAAUUAGAAACCAAGUUAACUGAAAUGGAUAAAGAAUUUAUAAAAAGAAGAGCAGUAAACUAAUUUAAAUUUGUAAACAAUUAUUAAUAAGUGGAAUAAUACAAUGAACUUUAGAUUACAAGAGGUAUAUCAAACGUAUUCGGAAGUGUAAGUGAAGAAUUGGACAUGAAGUAAUCUGUUCUUGGUUUUGACAUAAUUAAAGAUCAUCUGGUGGAAAAGUAUGACAAUACAGAACCUCAAUUUAACCCCGUCUCAACAGCACUUCCAAUAGAGCAACUGUCACAAUUAUAAGCGUGUAGUUUCUCAAGAUUUUAAUAAGACUUUGAUGAGAUACAACUUAUUGGAAGUGGAGGCUUUGGCAAAGUGUUCAAGUCUAGAAACAAAUUCGAUGGGAACUAUUAUGCUUUAAAGAGAAUCGUCUUGGAUUACUCGAAUAAGAAAUUAACCGAAAAAACUAAGAAUGAAGCCGUUUUAUUGUCAAGAAUCCAACAUCCUAAUAUAGUGAGAUAUUAUCAAGCAUGGACUGAAGAGUACAUUAAGGAUUAAUAUGAAAACAUUGAAGACGACGAAGAAUUUGUGGAAGAUUCUGAAGAGGAAUCUGAGGAGGAAGAUCCAUAAAUGCUGAGGAAGGGAAGCAGUAUUAGUUAAGAAGAGUAUUAUGAGGAUGAUACACAAUUUGAAGAUCAAGAAAACAAUGAUAUGGAUUUUCAAAUUGAGUGGGUUAAUUGUGAUCCACAAAUUCAAGAGGAGUCCAUUCAAACUCCAGAAGUCAAAGCUCAUGAACCUAAAUAGAAUAGUAACAAACAAUUGCUCUACAUUUAAAUGGAGUAUUGCACAGGGGAUACUUUAAAGAAGAAGAUUGAUGAACGCAAUCUCACUUCAGAACAAAAGAAGAAGAUCAUUCGACAAAUCUUGGAUGCAUUGUAUUAUCUACAUAAAAACAACAUCAUUCAUAGGGAUCUGAAACCUCAAAACAUCUUUUUGGAUGGAGAUCUGAAUGUCAAGUUGGGUGAUUUUGGUCUGGCUACAGAAAUGAAGCAGGAAAUCAAAUUCAUCGAUCACAAAUUAAUGAGAAACUCCUCUACGGUAUAGAACAAUCAGAGUUAAAAGUUGAGUUUGACCUCAGGAGUUGGCACCUUCCUAUACUUGGCACCUGAAUAGGAAUAGAGCCAAUAUGAUUCCAAGGUCGAUAUCUACUCUCUAGGUAUCAUCUUAUUCGAGACGUAUUAUCCCUUCAAAACGGAUAUGGAAAGAAUCAACUACAUCACUCAACUAAGAGAACAAUGCAAAUUCCCUAAGGACUUCGACCAAAAGGUCGGUAUGGCAGAUAAUGAAAUUCGAGAGAAGAUAACUGCUCUAGUGAACAAGGAUCCUUAAAAACGCCCUACCACUUAGAGUCUCCUUAAUGAAUACAAAGACAAAAGAGUUUAAUAGGUAAUUAGAUCUAUUGCUAAUCCUAAUUGUCCUGAUUUUAAUGAGUUAGUUUAAACACUUUUUGAAUGUAAACAAUUAAAAUAAUAAAAUAAUUUCUUUACUUCCUGUCUAGAGGAAGCCAUUAGUUAAAGUCCUACCCUAUUUUUUAAAAAUUUUCAAUCUGGCAUCAUAGAACUAUACACAAGAGUUGAGAAGAUAUUUAAACUCAGAGGAGCAUUUUAAUUGAAUCUGAAUCCCCUUAUUCCGACUCAAAACACUUUGAAAUUUUCAUCAAUCUUUGGUCAAAUCGAGGAGUAUGAAAACUGUCCUCAUCAAAAUUCAAGUUUUAGAUACAUCACCCAAGAAGGGGAACUCGUGCAAUAUUGUCAGAAUCUGCUGUAGCCAGUGAUUUAUUGGUUGAAGUUGCUUCCACUUAACAAUUUAAGAAGAUACACUUUAGGAGAAGUCUAGCACUCCGACAGGCUUCAACUCUCGAAACACAACUGCGCAUCAUAUGACAUAAUUUCAGAACAGGAUCCAGGACCAGUGAAACUUAUCGAAUUAUUAAGUAUCUCCCGACAUGUGAUUAAUUAAUUUCAUAAUGUGAAUAAUUUCGAAUUGAAAAUCAGUCACACUUAAUUCUUUGAAUUAAUUCUAUUAGAAUUAGAUUUCAAUUCCCAAACGGUCAUAAGAAUGUUGAGACAUUAAACCAUUUUACAGAAGAUUGCCAAGCUCAAUUCCAUCAUUAAUCGGAGUCAACAAUACCGAGAUCUGGAAAAAGAGAUUUUUGUGAUCUUGAGUGAAGAGUUCAAUUUCACUGAUGACAAGACGGAUAAGUUUCUGGGAUUCAUGAAAUUGAAAAUACCCUAGAUCUACAUGAAUGAGACUCAUCAGCAAAUGAAAAACAGUGAAAGUGGUCGGAAAACCUAAGAGCCUAAACAAAAGAGAACAUUGAGAGAAUAGUUAAAGGGUUACUUUACAAAACAAGAGGCAAGAUUCUAAUAGAUCAUAAGUGAAAUUGAAAAGUUUGAAGAACUCGCUAAGGAAACCAAGGUCUUGUGUGAUUUUAAGAUAGUGUACGAAGUAUUCUAAAUGAAUGAGUUAUGGUAUUAUUAUUCUGGAAUAUGUUUUGAGUUUGUUGAGAUUACGAAAGAGUUAACAAAUCUAGGUAAGAAUAUGCAACUUGAGAUUAUACAUUCAAGAUCUGAGCCUGUUCCUAAAAACAAUUGUUUGAAGAGACAUUAGAAGGGUAAUAUUGAUAGUUUUAUCAUCGGGGGCAAUUACAGUCAUUACAUAAAUAAUAAAGACAAUGGGAAACAUGCAUGUGGGAUUCAAAUAUACAUGGAUCAAUUCUACUAUCGAAAAUUUGUGAAUCAUUUGAACAACAAUUUCAGUGGUAGAGUUUAAAAGACAUUCGAUCUCUUCAAUUGGCCUGAUUCUUUGAUUAAUUUUAAGAGUCUGACCCUGAGUGUGUUGAUUGUGGUGGAGGAUUUGUCGAUGAAACAAGCUUUGGAUUUGGCUGUUCGAUUUUGGAAUCAUGGAAUAGCUACGAUGAUUGUGUACAUUAAGAGCAUCAACAAUUCGGCUUGGAGUUAUAAGAGGUCUGUGGAGAUCAAGUUGAGUCUAUCGAAGAAGUUCAAUGAGGUGAAGUGCAUAAUGAAGAAGUACAGGGAGAAGAAGGAGGAGGAGGUUCCAUAUCCGGAGAUCUUCUAAAAGACCAACAGUUAUUUGAGGGAGUAUGUGAAGAAUGAGAGUGUUGAAUAUAAAGUCAGUAAGAGAGCAUAAUCCAAAUAAAAGUAGUGA